CAUAUAUACAUAUAUAUACAUACAUACAUAUACCUAAUAAUAUAGAUAUAUGUAUAUGUGAGUACAUUUGUACACGUAUAUAUGUAUAUAGUUCAAUAGAAACGGAACUAAACUCAACAAGGAACCGAAUCUUUGGUCUUUCUCCAAGAUAUUCAUAUACAUACAUAUAUACACACACGCACAUUGGAGUUGAUUUUGUCGACGAUAAUCCCCUUUAUAAAUUUGGUCCUAGGAUAUAUCAUUACAUAUGCAAGUGCCCAGCUUUAUAUACACACCACAUCCCAUACACAGGCAUAUAUACAAUUGUGUCUUAUUUAUUUGUAUUUCAUGUAGAAUAUCUUUCUGUUCAACAUCUUCAUUCCCUGGAUUUGGGUUAUUUUGAUGCCGUUCACAACAAAACAUUCUAUAUUUUUCUCAAUGGAAUCUCUUAAAGCUUUUCGGAAGAAAAAAAGACGAAUUAAAUAAUCGUUUGCAUUUAACACAACGCAAAGAAGUGUAUAUAUAUAUGUAUGUAUAUAUAUAUAUAUAUAUAUAUAUAUAUAUAAUUUUUUUAUAACACAUUGUUUUUGUCAAGUAUACACAAAACAUACGUGCACAUGUAUACAUACACCAUUUCAUAGACACAUACUCUCUCUCUCUCUUUCUCUCUCUCUCUACACACACAUUUAUAUAUAUAUAUACACACACACACACAGUGCAUGCACAUUGCAUGAAAAUAUUACGUAUAGAAGCUAUUCUGACGUAAUGUGUUUUUAAUAUAAACUAGCAUAUAUACAACACAUUUAUACACACUAUUUUCGUCCCCUCUCCCUUGUUACUGCUUCCCUGUGUUAGAAGGUACCAUUUUCCCCAAGUACACACACACACACAUAUAUGCACUCGUGUGCAUCUUGUCAACACCUUUCUCUAACCAGUUUAUUUCACCUCUCGCAAAACCAAACACGCACCUGCACACAACAAAUAUAUAUAUGAGAGAUAGAUUCACAAGGUAUGAAUGACUGUCAUACAUUUGCUAAGAAAUCUACCGAAGCAACACUAAAACAAGACCACGUUUAGAAACUGGUGUGGUUGGUGUUUAUUUUAUAAUACUUGGACACUGUUUUCAACAAAUUUAUCGCUACUAAAUAAGUGAUUAUUUAUCAUAGUCCCGUGUCCUAAACCUUACACGAAAGCUUCCUUAGAUCAGGGUAUACACGUAUACAAUAAUAUACAGUAACAAAUGUAUAUAUAAACAUAUAACCACCCAUAUACAUACAAUAUCAACUGUAUAUAACAUAUAUAACCAUUCACAUACAAUAACAGCUAUAAGCAUAUAUAACCACUCAUAUACACACAGUAACAACUGUAUAUAUAUUAUAUACGUGUAUAACCACUCACACAUACAGUUCUCCCCGGCGCCGCCCUCACAACCCAAUUUCUUGACCUGGUAUAGCCAGUGUUUCGUUUAUUUAUAAUAUAUAUACACAUACAGUUCAGCCUUCAGUUUAAUCCUAUCCCAAACCCCAGUUUCCGCCCUCCAUGCACAUACGUUUAUAUAUAGACACAUAUAUGUAGAUAAGCUAUUUAAGGUCUCUUUAGAUACCAAACCGUAGUUGGAAUAAGGAAUCUAGUGUUUACCGAUAUUUCAUUUAUUAUAGUAUAUUGAAAAUAGAAAUAAUAUAAUAUAUAUGUAUACAAAUGUAUAUAUAUCAUAAAUAAACUUAGACCGUCAUAGCUGUGUGUGUACACAUGCAUUUAUAACAACAAAUGUAGAAUACGAAUGAAAUAGGAUAUAUAAAGUUAUAUUUUAUGUCAGAAAACCUUGAUAAUUUACUCGUUAUUCUUUAGUAAAUAACAAAACCUAACCACAAUUCUAAAUAAUUUCGCCAACAUUUUUCUAUUUCCAACUGGGUACAUAAAGUCCGUAUUAAGACAACGGGAGUAUAGAUAACUUGGGUGUAUAUCCAUAUAUAUAGAGAGUUGUAUAUAACCCUUGAGAUAUAUUAUAUAUGUGUGUAAUUUAUGUUAUACACUUAGCUAAGAACUCUACACACAGCUGAAAUUCGACACCCAUAUAUACAUACAAGAUUUUAUAUAUAUAUAUAUAUAUACACGCAAACAUACAGACAAACGGUUAUUUGCUGGGUACAAAUGCAUUAAAACGUGCACAUAUAUACAGUAUAUAUAUAAUAAUUACACACACACACACACAUAUAUAUAUAUAUACUAAUUGAAUGUAUGUAUAUAUGUAGUAUACAAGACAGAAAGAUUUUAAAAAAUAAUUCAACUCGGAAAGCUACAAUCUUUAUUUUAAAAUUCGACGGACGGAUAUAUAUUUUUUUCCAACGUGUUUCUGGGUGUGUUUUUACAUAUGUCUUCGUGGCAACAUCGGCCUUUGUCAUGGGUGAUGCUACAGGUCGAACGAAGCCCUCAAAUUCAACCAGAAGCGCCUGUAAGGACAGUCUGCAAUGCUGCUUUUCGCCACAGACGGCGACGACCAGGAGACAAAAAUCUGCGAAGAUGUCGACAACAAAGAAAUUUAAGGACUACCAUGAUAAAAAUGGAAUUGGUCGACAAGACGGACAAAGCGGGUGGCACCUCGCCCAAAAUGGUAAGGUGGUCACCAGUGCAGUGUCAUCGGGUACGUGGCCGGGCACACGCCUCUCUCGGAUUUUCCUAGCGGUUCUCUUACUUCUAGUUUUCUUCAGUCAUGGUAUUGAAGCACCAUGCCCCCCUGGAUGUACGUGCAAAAUAACAAACCCCAAAAACAGGGGACAAAGCUCGCGUGAAUCCCACUCCCAGCCGGCCUUGUUGCAGCCGCCUUCACAUCUUCGACCCGGACCGGGUUCAGGCGGGCCUGGCGGCAGUUCUAAGGUCGGCGUGGGUGUUGGGACCACAGCUGCCCCUAAAAAUCGAACAGUAUCUCACAAAGUGAGCUGUUCUGAGAAUGAACAACCAUUCACUGAUUUAUCGGAAAUGAUAAAAAAUGAUUUACCAGAAAACGUUGUCCAACUGGAUUUAAGUGAGAAUGCCAUCAAAGCCUUAAAACAAGGAGAUUUCACUAACCUCUCUUCUUUACAGAAAUUAGAUCUGAGCCACAAUCAAAUUGAAAGCAUUGAACCAGGGACUUUUGAAAACCUCACCAAAUUGUUGAGAUUAGAUAUUUCACACAACAAACUGAAGUACAUUGAUGCGAAUAUGUUUAUUGGACUGAGUAGCGUGGAGAAAUUUGACCUUUCCCAGAAUUUGUUACCAGGAGUUACCGAAGGGAGUUUUGCCAAUAUGACUUCUUUGCGGAGAAUAGAUUUCCAGUCGUCUCAUUUACGAUGUGACUGUCACCUACAAUGGAUUGUCAAAUGGUCCAAGAACAACAGUGUGAAGAUCCAAGACACAACAGUCUGUGCCAUGCCGUCUGAUGUUAAGGAUCGACCAAUUAAAGAGCUGAAGAGAAAAGAUCUCCAUUGUGAACGUCCUCUGGAACUCCCAGUGUUUGAACUCCUACCUUCAACCAAUCAAAUUGUGUUCGAAGGAGACAAGCUGCCAUUUGAAUGUCGUGCUUUCAAAAUUGACGAUGAAGCGGAAAUGUUUUGGGUUCGCAAAGGAAAACGCAUGCAUACCAAUCGCACUGCUGGAAUAUUCUUACAUGAAACUUACAUCCCUGACCGACAGAUAAUGAUCAACCGGUUGGUGAUCGAGAAACUUAAUAAGAAUCAUCAGGGCGUUUGGGAAUGUCAGGUGACCACCCCUCGUGGAAAUGUGUCGGACUCGGUUAACGUGGUAGUUAUACCAAGCAAUGCUUUAUACUGCUCCAGAGAACGUGUCCGCACCACGAAGGGAAUGUACCUGUGGAAGAAGACGGUUACCGGCAUCCAGGUGCAGCAGCUGUGCAACUUCGGUAGGAACCAAUAUGCCACGUAUUUCUGCAAUGAGUAUGGCCACUGGCAAGAUCUGGAUGUGAGCAGGUGUGAAUAUGUGAUCGAGCUAACCCGGAAACUCAGCAACUUGGCAACCAAAAGUGUGGAUGAGAAGAACGCUUUGGACCAAGCUCGAGGUCUACGGGACAUUCUCAGUGGCAACUCAGGAAAAAUUAAGCAUUCAAUUGAAGUCACUUUAGUUGCUGUUUGCCUCAGUAAACUCUCUCCUUAUGCUCACAAAGGAGGUGGACAGAUAUUUAACAUAAUGCUGGAUACGGCCAGUGACAUCCUUGACCUUAAUGACAAGCUGCUGGUCAGGGCCCAACAGAACAACAACAGCUGUUCAAGAAUCAUGAAAAGUCUUGAAGUGAUGACGAAAUAUGUGCUCCAAAGCAACAGUCACAAGAGCGGCCGUACACAGAACAUUUAUGUUGAAGCUUUCAAUGAAACCAUGGCAAACUAUAAAGGAAUGUCUUGCUUUCUGCGAGGCAAUCCUACCUUAACUCUUCCCUAUACCGAUGUUCGCUUCCGCUGCCGACCUGGAGAUGGCCUCACUAGUUAUAUAGAAUCAACUAGGAAGGACACCAUAUCAGCCAUUUAUAUGCCUGAAACUUUAUUCCACAACUCGGAUUUACAGCUCAGUAAAUCAUCAACUAUCGGAUUGCAGUUUGCAUCAAUCAUGGAUCCAUCUGGAUUUCCAAUCAUCAAAUUAGGGGACCCGAAACUGGAAGGGAAAAAAUGGAAGGUGGCAUCGAAGAUUAUCUCUGGCAGCGUUGGUUAUUCUAUAACAAACUUGUCUGAUCCUGUGAUUCUGGUGUUUCACACGUCUCCCUCGGUGGAUCGGGAGAAAUUACAAGCUGUUUAUUGGGACUUCUAUAGUAAUAAUGGUUUGGGUGAAUGGCGUACAGACGGUUGCAGCAUUGUCGGUCAUCAGAGGAACCACACCAUCGUCCAUUGUUAUCAUCUCACCAAUUUUGCUCUGCUACAAAACCUGACUCCGGCACUGAGGACUGGCUUUGUGAUGAUGGAACCUGUCAUAUAUUUCGGCAGCUGUGUCUGUGUCCUCUGCACAAUGGCUGUCAUACUCACAUACACAACUUGUUUCAGGUUCAUCCGAGUCCCUAAGAAGAUGAAACAUUCUGUAAUCAACAUCAGCAUCAGUAUAUUACUUCUGGUCAUUGGUUUUACAAUGGGUAUCAACCGGGUGGACAACAGGAGGGCCUGUCAAAUCGUUGGCAUUUGUAUUCACUACUGCUCUCUUUGCUGUAUCUUCUGGGUGACCAUCACCUCCAACAACAUGCUCAAGAAGUUUGCCAAGGCCGAGCGACCGCCCCCACCUCCACCGGAACCCCUCAUCAUGCCGUUGCCACCCAAACCAAUGCUGCGAUUCUACCUUUUAGGAUGGGGAGUUCCACUGAUCAUUUGUGGCAUCACUGCUGCCGUUAACAUGGACCAUUAUGCUGGGAUGGAUUAUUGUUAUCUUUCCUGGGAUCCUGGUCUUGGAGCAUUCUAUGGGCCAGUGGCAUUGCUGGUUGGAAUCAACCUUGUCUACUUUCUGCGAAUCUCUUGUGUUAUUCGAGGAUCGUCGACCAAUCCAAGCUACUCUGAAGAAACAGAGGAGCUGCACGUCAAUGAAAUUGAGCUCUCUCCUAACCAGGAGCAUCUUCACCCACAUCACCAUCAUCAUCAUCAUCAUCACCACAACAACAAUACAAACCAACCUCACCAAGCUCCGCCCAGUAUACCAUUGCAUGUCAACAACCACCAUCGUGGCGGUAGUAGUGUUAGUGGUAGCAGAAACCAGCCAGACAAUCGCUCCAUCCAUUCAGAUGACAGUAAUAUUUCCAGCAUCUCUAGUAUAUUAGAUGAGGAACGACGCCCCAUCACCCAGCUCAGAGCUUUAGUAACCUUCCUCUUCUUAUUUAUCGUUGCAUGGGUGUGUGCUGCUUUCGCUGUGGCCCAGCCAUUUCGUGCCAUCGUCCCAAAACAAGAAAUAAUCUUCAGUUAUCUCUAUGGAUUAUCCAGUAUUAUUCUAGGUGGAUUUUUGGUCGGUUUCUUUUGUCUUUUACGAGAUGAUUCCCGAGACUGUUGGAGGCGAUUCUUCUGCUGCGAGAAAGACGAAGUGGAAAUCGCUCGCAUCACACCACCGAAUGUCAAUCACAUGACUCACAUCAAUGGGCAUGUGCGCUCGGGUAGCAGCGUCGAUGGAGAGUCCCUGACUGGCAAAAUGUACAACAAUGAGCGUAGCAACAAAGUAAAAGUUGUCGACCGCCCAAUCAAACAGAUCAAUCUUGUGCCAAUCCAACCUGCCACGUUCACCGAUGGGUCAGUCAGCAGUGCACAUGAGGCACCUUACCCCAAUUUUUACAACCCUCGGCAGAAUGGUGUUGCUAAGAAAUUCUGGGAGAAGAACCGACACAAUCAUCUCAAGUUAAUAAACAAAGAAAUCAACAAAGACAUCAGUGACUUCAAUUCGGUCAAUUUUGAUGACUCGACCAAACGUUACAGCCACUGCACCAGUUCUGAUGCCAAUACUCACUGGAGUAUUGAAAUUCAGAUCCAAGCCAAUGCAGACGAUGUGAAGAAUGGUGGUGUCGGCCUCCAAAAACAGCCAGUCCCUGGCAAAAUCCCAAACCAGUUACCCCUCAACAUCCAUGAACCAUUAUUCCCCUCUUUGCCAUUAGAUAGAAACCAAAUACCUCCAGUGGGAGGCCCCACAUCCCCAGAAACAAUAACAGCAAGCCCAUCUUGUAGCUUUAUAUCCCCAUCUGGCUCUCAAACGCUACCUCACUGUCAUUCUCCUGGGGCAUCGUCCCUCACUUCCUAUCAACAUUCAAGUGCAUUCACUCCUGUUCAACCGAAGCGCUGCAACACAUUACCAAAAAUUGGCAAGGCAGUCGAGGCUGCUGAUCAACCGAAUGAGUAUAUGGUGAGGGACGGUUCCGUUCCGAGGUUACGGGAUUUUGAUGGCCAGAGUGAGGUGAGUGCAGACAGAAGUGCUAAUGUGGAAUGCCCUGAAAAUCAUGUCCUACAAGGAUACUUGCCACCCGAAUCUGUUCAUAAUUCUGCCUUUCAAAAUAGCAACAAGGACCCGGUAAAGCCAGCGCCACUGGCCCAGGGCCUUCUUCCAUCAACACUAACCAAUCCUCCAGAUUUGGUGAAAGAGAAUCAUCUCACAUCAUCAAACAAUGAGUGUUCGUUGCCAUUAGAUAAAAAUAACCAAAAUGCGCCUUUUGGACCUCCACGACAGAAUUUCUAUCUACCUCCACCCCACCUAGAAAAUAAUGCUGCAAAGUCUGCGGACUUUGUGUGCAGCAGCAGCAGCAGUAGCAGCAGCAGCAGCAACAAAACUGGUGAGGAUGGCUAUUUGAGUAGCGGAAGUGGUGGCCUUGUCAACCAGCUACCACAGCAUCAGCAACAACAGCAGCAGCAGCAGCAGCAUCAUCAUCAUCACCAUCAUCAUCACCACCAUCAUCACAAUCAACAAGGCCAGCCAUCAAAAACUGACCCCACACAACUGCCACCGUACACCAACCCCCAGCAACGUACCCCCCACCCCCCCAAUUUCGAAAGCAAUCAUAUCGGCUGCAAAUGCGAUUCCGAUGAGAACAACUGCAGCAGCAGCAACAACAACAACAACAAACAGUUGAAUGACAAUCAGUUUGUGUUCCACGAGUCGGACAGUCAGAUCCAGUGUUCAAAACACUCUGCAAAAAAUCACGACUCGGAUCACCAUUCCGAUCCCACCCAUCAGCGCCGGCACCGAAAUACUCACAGACAUUCACGUCUCUCCAAGCAACACUCACUCGGCUGGGACGAACAGUUCAAAAAUCGUCCUCCGAAAGUUCCAUACGCUUAUGUGAACCAUUCAUAUCAGGAAAAAGUCAUUCAGAAACUGCUGAAAAAAUGUGAGGAAGAGGGGGGGAUGCAAGAGGAGAGCCACGACAUGAAGAGCAACCUGUACUGGUUCCCUCGAUCUUUCAGUUCUUACGAACAUCGCAGAACACGGGGCCGGCGUGUUGCAAAAUUGGCAGAGGACGACGAUGAGGAGGAGGAAGAGGAGGAGGACGAUUCUGGAUCAAGUUCGGAUUCUGAAAGUAUAGGAAAUGUUUGGUUACCUCAGAGACAGGAUAGUUUAACAAGUAAAUUCAAAAAAGAGACAAGUGUAUAACAAAACAAAAAAAAAAUGAUCAAAAAUAAUAAUAAUAAAAUGGGGCAUUAAAAUAUAUAAAACAUAUAUCUAAAUAUAUAUAUAUAUAAACAAAAAUUGAAUAAAAUACAUUGUAAAAAAAAAAUGUAUUUCGGCCCAAAACCAAUAAAAUAAAAUAAACAAUUAAAAAAAAAAAGAAAAUAGACUGAAGUUGAGUGACCCCUAACCCUGCUCCCUCUAAAAGAAAAAAAAAUGAAAACCCUAAAGA